CAAGUCUCCAAAUUCGUAAAUUUCCUCUAUGGAUGCAUCCCCUUCCCCUCGAGACGAGGUCCUCCCGUCGCCGGCGAGGUGAGAGAUGAGAUGAGCCUCUCGGCCACCUUCCGGGUCGCCAAAAUUCCCCGCGCCACCCUCCCUCCGAAGUCUUGCAAGGUCACCCCCUCCUCGGUAUCGGCCUCCCCCGCCUCCACGUCCGGAGAUCCCGGCGUGAAGAAGAAAAAGGAGGCGGCGCCGUGGUGCGUCUACCUCAUCGCCUCCGCCCGGGUCCCCCGCACAUACGUCGGCGUCACGACUGACUUCCCUCGCCGCUUGAGACAACAUAAUGGCGAGUUAAAAGGUGGUGCCAAAGCCUCUUCUGCUGGAAGGCCAUGGAAUCUCGCAUGCCUUGUCCAAGGCUUCACCAACAGAAGUGAAGCAUGUGAGUUUGAAUCGAAAUGGAAGAACAUCUCCAAGAAGAUGACACGGAAGAGGAGUGAGCCUGGCUUGAACGCAGUGUUGCAGCACCGGGAAGUGGCAUUGAGCAGAGUAAAAACCUUUCUGGAUUGCAACCACCUCAACAUCAAUUGGCACUCAAGCUGACGUCGUUUCUCCAAUUGUUGUAUGUACACAUUUCACUAUGCAAGAAAUUUACCCAUUUACUUGUGAAGUUGGCGAGGCUUUUCUGCUUCCAUAGUUUUGUACAAAGAAGGAUCCCAUGUCUUGCAGCUCAAAUGAGCAUACAUAGCGAAAUGAUCAUGCUGGCAAUUGUAUUUGCUAAAUAAGAAGUCAUCUGAAUCGAGUGAGCUGGUGACUGCAAUUUUUGUCAUUGUUUAGCCUGGGAUGGAUAAGAGUGGUGUAAGAUGUAGUAUUAUUGUAUGAUGAUUGAUCCCUUGCGUUGUUAUGCUGAGAUAUACUCCACUUUUAUCUC